AUUACGAAUCUAUGUACAGUCGAGCCCACUUAUAACGGCCGCAGAUAUAACGAACGCUCGCUUAGUACGAACAAGGGUGGUGCUACCGUCAAAAUAUACAUUGGGGCAAUGGCACAGUGUCUCACAUAGAACGAACUGUUGCGGCCUCACCACUCGGUUAGAGCGAACGCGAAGCUGUCCGGCCCCCGUAGUUGACAGAGCCGGCGGUGCUUGGCGCGGUUUCGCUCGACUGCGAACCCGCGGCAGACGAACUUCGCCCACGGAGCGUCCCCCGGACGCUCCUUUGCGGAGAAAAUAAAGAAAAAAAGAAAAAGCGCGCGUUGAAAAAUGAAAACGAAAAAGCGCGCGCGCGCGGUGACGAAAGAAAAAGUGGCGCCGCCCGCGUCGUCGGGAUGCAUCCACGUGAUCUGCGUCGACCAAUCCGGAAAGUUCGGCGCCUGCUCUACCCGCUUUACCGGCCCAAACCGGUUCUCCAUUUGUUGCUGCUCCGUUGCCAUCCCGGACCGCGGAUAUUGAGCCGUCGAUUCUUUCUGUGCGAUGGCACUGCGUUGACAUCGUUGCCGCAUUCGUGCUCUUCCCAGAUCGGGGAUUUGAAGGUUGCCUCAACGCGCGAGUCCAAGGGCUUGACUUGCGCCUGGUGCGAUGGCGGACUGUAUGCCGACCUCUUCAGGUGCUAAAAGGAAAGCAGUCGACAUUGCAACGAAGAUGGCCAUUGUUAAUGAACUUGCUCAAGGUGAAAAAAACGGCGAUUUGGUCAAGAAGUAUGGACUGUCGAAAUCGACCAUUUCGACCAUUGCUAAGGACAAGGAAAAGAUUCUUGGUGCUACCGUGAAUGCCAACCCGACAAGAAAGCGCCUUCGGAAGGCGACCUACGCGGACGUUGAGGACGCACUGCUGAAGUGGUUCGCUGACGCCCGGUCUCGCAACGUUCCGAUCAGUGGACCGCUGAUCGGAACUUCGCCUUCCUUUUGGACUUUCCCGAUUUCAGCCCAGGCAAUGGAUGGCUCCACCGGUUUAAGGCUCGCCACGGAAUUGUUUUCAAGGCGGUCGUCGGCGAGGCCGCGUCUGUGAACAACGAGGACGUCGAUGCAUGGCUUUUCGACAACCUCCCAACAAUUGCGAGCUAUGCUCCACGGGACGUUUACAAUGCCGACGAGACUGCGUUGUUUUAUCAGAUGUUGCCAUCUAAAACGCAUGCCUUGAAAGGCGACAAGUGCGCGGGAGGUAAGAACAGCAAGUUGCGGAUAACCGUUCUUCUCUGUGCCAAUAUGGACGGCAGUGACCGGCGGCUACCUUUUGUUAUUGGCAAGUCACGUAAGCCGCGAUGCUUUGGAAGCUACGUGCCCGUACGCUACAGGAACAAUACGAAAGCCUGGAUGAGCCGCGACUUAUUCGCCGAGUGGCUUGUCGAGUUUGACCGCGACAUGGCACGAAAAAACAGGAAGGUCCUGCUCGUGCUGGAUAACUGUGCGGCGCACCAUGUGCAGCUUUCCUUGAGUGCGGUGACAGUUCUCUUCUUGCCUCCCAAUGCAACCUGCAAAAUUCAGCCCCUGGAUAUGGGCAUUAUUCAUGCGUUCAAGGUGUGCUACCGGCGGCGCGUCAUCCAACGCUUGUUGAUCGAAAUUGAUCGGCCAGAUGCCGCCAUGCCGGUUCACAUCAGCUUGCUUGCCGCCGUGGAGAUGUUGAAGGCGGCGUGGAUGGAACUCACCGCGGAGUGCAUAGCAAAUUGCUUCCGUAAGGCGGGUUUUAUGGGCCCAGGCACCGAGGACGCCAUAGAUCACCCACAGGAAGGCCGGUCGCACGAGGACUUGUGGCAACGCGUCGUUGACACGCAGCUGGCCGGACCUGACGUUGCCUGGGACGAUUUCGUUUCUGCUGAUGACGACGCCGACAUCGCGGAGCCGUGCACUGACGAAGCUAUUGUGCGUGAAGUGCGAGCCCUUCCCGACUGCCCAGAGACCGACGAGGACGAUGACGAGGAUGCUGCUCUACCGCCGGUUGCUGUGAAUGCUUCAACCGCGAUCGGUUACAUCGCGUCGCUUAAGGAACUCGUGUGCAGCAGAGGUCUUGGUGAUGAACAUAUUACCGCGCUGGAAAAAUUAGAAACGGCAGUGAUGCGAUCAGCUUUGAAGAAGCAGACUUGCAUCAUGGACUUUUUUCAAAAAUAAAGUUAACUUUCUUCUCGCUUG